UUCGCCCAACUUACUUAUUUAAGUAACCCGAGCAUCGGUACAAAAUCCCAAGAGACGCCGCAUCGUCCCACCCAAGAUCGCCAUGUCGGCUCCGGAUCUCCACAUCCUCUUCUUCGCCGUCUUCGUCUUCGUCAGCCUCCUCCUCUCGGCUCGCUGCGACGUCGCCCUGUUCAUUUUUGGCGACUCGCUCAACAACGCAGGGAUCAACAAUUACGUGAACACCGUGUCUUUCAGGGCAAACUUCCCUUCAUAUGGCGAGAUUUUCUUCCGCUGUCCCACUGGCAGCUUCACUGACGGUCGUCUUAUAGCUGAUUUCAUUGCUGAAUAUGCGAAGCUACCACUGAUCCCACCAUAUCUCCAGCUGAAGAACGACGGCUGUGGAAGGGGCAAAUUUUGCAUCUGGCGGAGCAGGCGUUUUAUCCGAUACUUACCAAGGAUCUGUAUGUUGAGUGUCUUUCCUUGUCUUUGCUUUGAUUUUUUUUUUAUGUUCCGCUUCCAGGUUGUCUUCCUUAGUUUUCCUUCAUUAGGUGGUGGACCUCAGGACUCAGCAGAAGCAGUUCGAGAAGGCGAAGAGAAUGGUUUCGGAGGGCGUUUACAUGGUCAGCAUCGGAGGCAACGAUUACUUGAACCCGGUUCUCAACAAUCCAGCUUUGUUUCAGUCCAUUUCCAUGGAGGAUUAAGUGGGGAUGGUGGUUGGCAACAUUAGCACUGUGCAGUGCUUGAGGGCAUAUAUAAAGUUGGAGCAAGAAAAUUUGAGUUUGUUACGAUGCCACCUCUUGGGUGCCUCCCAACCGUUUGACCGGUCACCGAAAAUGGUUCUUGUCAGAGAUCAGCCACCGAGCUAACAAAGCUUCCCAGCGUGGCUCUUCCAGCGACGCCAAGCUAGAGUCUCAAUUGCAAGGAUUCAAGUACUCCGUCUUCGACUUGUAUACUUUUCUUGACUAAAAGAAUGGAAAAUCGGCGUGUUGCAGCUCGGGUCUAUACAAGGGGAACUAUAGCUACAGAGGUAUGAGAGGGGUGAGAGAGUACUCGUUGUGCCCUAAUCCGGAGGAGUAUGUGUUCUUCGAUUCCUACCAUCCGAGUGAGAGGGCUUAUUGGCAAUUCGCUCAAUUGAUGUGGAAUGGAAGUUGGCACACCACCUAGCCUUAUAAUUUGGAAGCAUUGUUCAAACAUGGGGACAUUUGAUCUUUUGUUUUUUCAAAGUCUAGGGAAAACAACGGGAAUCAAACUUCAUCUCAUGAAUAAAUGAGGCAUAUUAUUACAGUUUAAA